AUGACCAAAGCAUAUAUCAUUAAGGACGCGAUUACUUACAUUGAAGAGCUUGAUAGCCAAGUAAGCGAGCUUAAGGACGAGCUUCUUGAACUCGAAACUCGUUAUCCUCCUAGAGAGGAGAUUAAAUCAUCUAUCAAAGACGAAAAUAAAUUUGCAGCAAAAAAAGACAUGAAGAAUUAUGGAAUUGAGCCCGAAGUGAAGGUGAAUCCCAUUGACGAUAACAAAGUAUGGAUAAAAGUUGUGUACGAGAAGAAAAUGGGAGUAUUUACGAAAUUAGUCGAUGCCAUAACUCGAUUAGGGUUAGAGUUUAAUGACACAAAUCUUACCACCUCUAAUGGAGCCGCGGUUAUUAGUUCUUGUUUAGAGGGUAUGAACGACGUUGAAGAGACCGAAGAAAUGAUAAUGAGUGUAAUUAGCAGCAUAUGA